AUGAUUAUUGCAGAAUUUGAAUUUGGUGAUGAAGAAUCAGGUUCAGAGAUCUUUACGAAAGUGGAUUUAAUCUUCUGGUUAACUCAAGAUCAAAUAGGGUCCGUUGCAACAAACGCAAUCACUACAACAUGGAAACGGAAACAAAAGAGGGCACACAUGGAGAAGAAGAAGAAGAAGACAAUCGAGAGCAACAACAAAGAAGCUUACCCUUCAUGGCGGUGUCUGAAAUGUGUGCAAGUAUUUGUGAAUGGAAAGUUUUGCAAGGACCAAAAGCUUGCCACAGACAAUGAUCUCUUCUUAUCGGGAUUACACAUUCCCAGAGACACCUCAAAUCCACUUGGUUCGAAUGUCACUGGUGUGAAUGUGGACCAAAUACCGAGCUUCAACACACUUGGCAUAUCUUUGGCUCACAUUGACUUUGCUCCAUAUGGCCUAAAUCCUCCUCACAUCCACCCUCGUGGCACUGAAUGUCUAGUAGUUUUAGAGGGUACUUUGCACGUUGGUUUUGUCACUUCCAACGCAGACAAUAAUCACAAUAAUCGUCUCAUUACCAAAGUUCUAAACAAGGGAGACGUCUUUGUUUUCCCGGUUGGUCUCAUUUACUUCCAGUUGAAUGUGGAAAAUACCAAUGCCAUUGCUUUUGCUGGUCUCAGCAGCCAGAAUCCUGGGGUACUCAUCAAUUCUAUUUCAAACGCAGUCUUUGGAUCUAAUCCGCCUCUCAUCAAUGCCGAUGUUCUCACCAAAGUCUUCCAAGUGGAUAAGAAUGUGAUUAACUACCUUCAGCAACAGUUCUGGUGGGACAACAAUGAGAGAAAGAUGUGUGUAAAAGUCACCAUGAAUCAUUAG